CCGAGGAGCCAGGAAGUAACAGUGAGCCAUGCAGCUCAUGAGACGGAUAAAGCAGAGUGAGCGUCUGUUGUCAGCAGUCGGAGAUCACACGCGCGAGAGUGAGGAAGAACAACAGGCAACUGCAAAUUAGUGCCAAAUCAAUUGCAGUGGGGCUCAGCGACCCCACAGGAGGCGAAAUCCGAGGGUGAAGAGGGAGCUUUUGUAUUUACAAGAACACAAAUAUACCACUCUCAGAGUCAGCUCUGCAACACACUCCAUCACAAGAAGAAAAAGACGGAAGCAAAUAAGAGCGGGACUGGGGAGUUUAAAGUCAACGCUUCUCUCUUUGCAACUUUGGACAGACACAAUUUAACAAAAUUGACCAAAUCGCGUUCAAGAUGCCUCGGGUGGUCCCGGAUCAGAGGAGCAAGUUCGAGAACGAGGAGUUCUUCAGGAAACUCAGCCGCGAGUGCGAGAUAAAAUACACCGGUUUCCGAGACCGACCGCACGAGGAGAGGCAAGCCCGCUUUCAGAACGCGUGCCGUGACGGCCGCUCAGAGAUAGCUUUUGUGGCAACCGGCACCAACCUCUCGCUACAGUUCUUCCCAGCCAACCUUCAUGGGGAUCAGCGGCAGGCGCCCACCAGAGAAUAUGUGGACUUCGAGCGGGAGACGGGAAAGGUAUACCUGAAGGCUCCUAUGAUCCUGAAUGGAGUGUGUGUGAUCUGGAGAGGCUGGAUUGAUCUUCAGCGUCUUGAUGGGAUGGGUUGUCUGGAGUAUGAUGAUGAGAGGGCUCAGCAGGAAGAUGCUCUAGCCCAGGCAGCCUUUGAGGAGGCCCGAAGAAGGACCCGUGACUUUGAAGACAGGGAUCGUUCACACCGUGAGGACUUGGAGAUGCCGAUGGCACAGCUCAGUCAUUUAAUAACUCAGGAGGACCCUGUGGCAUCAAAAAUCUGGGACUGAUGGCCUUCAACGACCAGGCCCAGGCGACAACAGGACCCCAGCCCUGGCUCAAACAUGGCCAACACUGACGAUCACAAGAUGCGCUAGCGGCAUUUACCAAAGCGGGCAGGGAUAGGGUCAUAAGACCUCCAUCACCACGGCAAUCUCAUCUCCUGAUGCCUCGUUUUUCACAGGACAGACCAAAGUCCACUCCGGUGGGGAUUUUCGGGUGGGAUGUCUGGGUUAGGCAGGGGUAACAGUGGUCCCUCUUUUAGCCUGGUGAAUGGGCUGGGUGGGUUGGGCUGGGCAUUGAUGUGAGUCAAAGAUUAAUUAGUUUUUGAUUUAGUCCCUUGUUUGUUCUUGGGAUGUUUGCACUAUGUGAUACAUUCAGUUUAUGUCCCCAUAUGGCCUUUUGGUAUGCAUGGUUUUCCUACCUACCUAUGUAUGCUCUCGUCCCCCUAUGCAAGGCAUCUUAUUUUAUUGUUUAGCCCUAUUGUAAUGAACAGGCAUUUUUUAAUUAUUUUAUUCAGAUGUUGUGUGAAAGUCAGGAUGUUUACCUUUUUGUAUUUGAAUUUUCUCUCUCUCUAUAUAUAACUGUCUGUCCUUGUGCUUCCGUAGAAUAAACUACAGCAGUAAACAUUGCUAUGUAGAUUUGUGCAGUAGAGUAGAACAUGCUUUUUUAAUGUGGAUAAGGAGAUCUUUUUCAUCUACCAUCCUUCUCCAUGUUCUCUGUCUUCCACUCUCUUCCUGUUACAAGCAGUUUAAACAUGCUUUAAAAGUGAACUGAACAACAGGAAGCGAAUAUUGAGGUCAGUGUUAUUCUGAGCGGUGCUUUACACAGAAUGAGGCAGAGAUUCAGUUUUCACCCUACAUUUGAGCUUUUUUCAGGCACUCUGCUUUUUCUUUCAUUAAUGUUUUUCUUGUUUAAGGUUUCUUCAUGUCUUGGCAGAAAUGUAGGCAAGCUUUUUACAGUGUUUUGCUGCAUCUUCUGUUCACUCUGGAGUUUCCUAAAUUAAUACUUUUUCAGUCAUUUAAAUGAAAGUUUUGCUUCGCCAAAUAUAUAUAUUUUUGCCACCCACAUAUUUUACCUGCUUUCCUGUGUUGGGGAUUUCAAUUAGAUUUCAACAUUGACUCCCUAAAGCAAAAAAUCUUUCAUAUAAAACCAGGUUAAUGUGUGCAGUUGUUUGUCAUUUCGAACAAAGCAAUUUAUUCAUAUAAACUAGGUAUGACAUAAAUAAAUGGGUGAAGUUUUAAAAAAUGUCCCCUCAGAAGUGAGACCCAAAGAAUAAAUGCCAUAAUAAAUGACAGUAAUGUUUAUAAACUUACUGUAUGCCCUUUCUGGACAGAUUUAAAAUGAAUUAAUAUUUAGCAUUGUAAUAUGCAAGUGCUUAUCUCUUGAUGAGAUGCUCAUAUACAGGUUUUUAGGAUAUGUACAUCUCUGUCAGUGUUUUAGGAUGCUUAGACAGAACAUUUUGUUGAGGGAGAAUUGCUGAUAAACAGAGAUAUGUUUGGGGAAGGAAUAAGGAUUGAAAUCAACCGCUAGAAAACUUCACUUUGUGUACAAACAUAAAGCUCAUGAACGGCAUCAUAACAAUACAUCAUAAAUGGUAGCAAAAUGGUAAGACCCGUAUAAAUUGUUCUCUUACGACAUUUCAUUUUGAACACAGUCAAUGUUUAGCAUAAUUUCCUCAUCUCAUUGAUUUGUUGUUUAUACCACAGCCAAUAACAAGAAUUUAAGGGCCAAGUUUAUUUUUAUUUUGGGAUGCUGCAGUCAGAAGGUAUGGCCUACCUCUAGCUUAAACCAAAUAUACACAAAUGUACACAAAAGAGAUCUUAUUUAUGGAAAGCAAGUUCAUGUUGUCUGAAAAUUGUGGAAAAACUAAUUUUGGUUUUGUUGAAUGGGAAUUUAUACCACCCAAUGGUAAGAGACCAUGUACCAGGAGGUUAUUGGGUUCUGGAUAUAUUGAAGUUGCCAGAGAACGAGAACUUGACCAAACCAGAGUCAACAAAACAGUCUUUAAUUAUUCUGUGUACAUUCUCCCUGCAGAGCUACCCUCCCCUUUCUAGGUGUGUCUUAUGCUGUGUAUCAAAGAAAUACCCUUGCUGGCCCCAUUAGUAUUUUUUUUCUUCUUCCUACCCCUUUACUUAAUGCUGGCAUUAAGGCAAAAUACACACCAGGACAGGUUGAGAAUGGCUCUUUUUUUGUUUGUUUUUUUAAAUGGAUGAAUAAAUAAAAUGUUUAUUUUCUUAAUUGUUUUUAAGUUAUUGAUGCAGGUAUACCUUUCUUUUAUCAGGUUCCACUAUGAUGAAAUGUGCAUUUCUGUAUUGAUAUUGCUUGCUUUUUCUCCUUGGCUCCCUAAGGUCUUUGAUUUUAGCCUUUAUCAUUGUUAUUAUUUUUUUCUCUGUUUUUAAUUUUAAGUGAAGAGGAAAUAAACUUGUUACAAACCA